AUGGCUAAUAAUACUGAGCAUGAGGAUUUUGUAGCAACUCUAGAAUCCUUCAAAGAGUUAAAGACGGGUAUUUCUGGCUCUCGUAUUAGAAAACUAACCGAUUAUACAAUUGCUCAUGUAAAAGAUGUUGAAACCUUGUUGUCUUUCGUGAUAAACUACUCUAGAGAGUGUACUCCAACUCAUAAAUUGGGUUCCUUGUAUAUUAUUGACUCUACUGUUAGAGCAUUGUUGAGUAAGUCGGAUAACGAAGAUUCAGAUGGUAAUGGCGAAGAAAACUAUUAUGCUAAGGGUAUAAAGAUACUAAAUGCUAACAUUCUAUCUUUAUUGAUCGACGGUAUCGAAAAUAGCGAUGCAACGCAUUUAGAGAAGAUACAAGAGCUAGUAAAUAUUUGGGAGAAGAACAAUGUUUUCGAUAGGAAGUCGCUAGAAACAGCAAAAAGUCGUCUAAACGAGCUAAUAUCUGGUAAUAAUGUUGUUUCAUCUUCUGCUUCAUCUACUUAUUCUAGUAAGCAACGUUCUGCUUCAAACACUAAUGCUAAAGCAUCAUCUUUAAGCGAUAGAGCCACACAAAUCUUGAAUAAUAUACCGAAGUUUGAAAACCUUCCGGUUGUUCAUGUUCCAUCUGAUUUACUCUCAGAUGACUCACUUGUACAAAUGUCUUGUUUGAAGCAAUUCUUGGGUACCUUGCAAGUCGAAUUGGCAAAGCAUCAGAAACUGGUCCGCGUAAGCAAGCCUUCCUCUAACGUUUCUAAGGGUAACAAUCGUCCAACCCAAUAUAUUGGAAGAGACUCUAGAAAUGAUAGAUCUAGAUCUCCGCCCAGAAAUAAAAAUGAAAGAACACGUCAACAAUCCAAUUCUUCAUCCCAUAACAAUAGACAACAACAGCAGCAAUCUUCGAAGGAAUUACAAGGCAACAACCAUCAUCUAUAUCCAGAUGAAAAGAAUAUACCUUCCAAUCCCCAUUACAGACCAAAACCGGUCUCUUUUGAUCCUACGAUACCACGAGAUCAUGUAAAGGUUUAUUCUCGUACAUUAUUUGUCGGCGGUGUUCCACAAAACUUCAAAGAACAUGAUAUUGCAAGAAUGCUAAGACAAUUUGGUGAAGUACAGAGUGUGAUUCUAAAUAAUGCCCGGAAGCACGCAUUCGUUAAGGUUUAUUCCAGAGCUGAGGCAGAAAGAAUUAUGGCACAUUUCACCGGUGGAGGAAACCCAACCCAUGGAUUGAGAAUUCGUUGGGCUGUUGGUUUUGGACCUCGAGAUUGUUGUGACUAUCAAUAUGGUUUUUCUAUCAUUCCUCUAGCUAGAUUGACAGAAAUUGAUUAUAAGUGGUCUCAAUCAGCCGAGUGGGGAGGUACUGGUGGACAGCCAAUCCAAACUAACAUGGUAUAUGAAGAACCUGACAUUAUUGUCGGUGAGGGUGUUUCAUCUAAAGCUAUUUCUCAAAAAAUGCCCACUGAUAAAGGUGUCCUGGGGCCAAAGUCGGGGAAAGUUGGUCAACCAGCGGUUAUUCCACAACCGUCUAUGCCCUUUAGCAGCUUGUCUCCUCCUCCUCCAGCAGUUGCUCAGCAGGCACCAGUUCCUCAAGUUGGGCCUGUACAGCAACAAUACUAUAACCAGCCAAAUACCUAUCAACAAGGUCCUACACCAGCAAUGCUGUAUGGACAAAAUCAAAUCAUGAGUCCUCCGCAGCAACAACAGCAACAACCACAGCAGCAGUCUCAACAUCAAAAUCAGCCCCAAGAAUCCUCGCAAUCGCCACAAAAUUUUGAUCCGACCGCUCAACUAAACACAUUGAUGAAUAUCUUGAAUCAAACUUCAAAAUAA